AUGGCAGGGGAGCAUUUGGUGCUUGUUCAUGGGGAAGGGCAUGGAGGGUGGUGCUGGUUCAAGCUCCGGUGGCUCCUUGAGGGCUCCGGCUACCAAGUGACCUGCAUAGACCUUGCCGGAGGCGGCGUAGACCCAACCGACCCCAACACUGUACGGUCAUUCGAGCAGUAUGACAAGCCGCUCCUGCGCCUCAUCUCCGCCUUGCCAGAGGGUGAGAAGGUGAUUCUCAUUGGGCAUGGCAGUGGAGGGCUGAGUGUGAUUCACGCAAUGCAUGAAUUCGUUGACAGAAUUAAGCAAGCAAUAUUUGUGGCAGCUGCUAUGCUGCCAUUUGGACUUCAGACUGAUGAAGAUAAGAAAGAUGGCUUACCAAGUUUGCCUGAGAAUGAGACCGAGUUGACAUUCGGUGCAGGAGCAGAUGAUCCUCCAACUACUGUCGCCUUGAGAUUAGAAUUCCAGCGUGAUCGACUAUCACAACAAAGCCCUGAGGAGAUUCUAUAA